CACAGAGUGACUUCUGGCUUUAGUGCAUGGUACGUGCAAAGGGAGCAAAACGACUGUGUUUUGAGGGGUGGGCAGGGGCUGCUGCCCAUCCGCACAGCAGAGCGCCCGCCUUCGUUUACAUCGCUCCUCUUUCUUCCCGCACGCGAGAGAGAGAGAGAGAGAGAGAGAGACCUUGUUUAUCUCUCAGACGUUGUUUGGCUGGGAGUUAAUUGAACAAGCCUAAGCCUAAUCCAAAGGAUGUUGGCGCCGGCGUCUCCAACAGGAACCUAUAUGCCCCAAUUACUAUGCAGUUCUGGAUUAGGAACUAGAGAGCAAGGAAUAGGAUAUCCAAGGAGUCAAUUGAAUCCUUCUCGGCCGUAUCCCACCAGUUACCCUCCUCUGUCCAGAUUCAGUACCACCAGACCCGUUCGUCUAUCCCUAUCUUCUCCAAGGAGGUGGUCCAGUAAUGGAGGAAUUGGUGGGCCAGUACAUUCUAGGAAGGAAUGCAAUAUCCGGAAAUGGCAUACCACCAUGCUUGAUGAACAUUCGGCCCGAGCGUCAGAUCAACAUAAAUGUUUCUGUGGCCUACGUUAUCGGCCCAGAAGACAGAUUGGUGUCAAUGGAUUUACAUCAAGAGUCUUUUCAGACAAAUCUUCUUUUCACUUAUCCGGGCAUAGAUUUGGCAACGGCGUUGUAAAGCAAGUUCACAUUCCACAUGCAACCGUGGGUCCGGAUGAGCCUCAUGCAGCAAGUACUAUCAUGCCGGGUGGUAUUUUAGAGGAACAAAGUCUUGAUUCGUUGGAUCUUGAGAUGGAAAGAAUAGAAUUGGAGAGGAUUUUGAGUUCCAAACUUCCUUCGCAUCCAAAGUUAUAUAGGGGACAACUGAGGAAUGGACUGCGCUAUCUUAUUUUGCCAAAUAAGGUUCCAGCAAACAGGUUUGAAGCUCACAUGAAAGUUCAUGUGGGAUCUAUUGAUGAAGAAGAUGAUGAGCAAGGCAUUGCACAUAUGAUCGAGCAUGUCGCAUUCCUUGGAAGUAAGAAGCGUGAGAAACUUCUUGGGACAGGGGCACGUUCAAAUGCUUACACAGAUUUCCAUCAUACCGUGUAUCACAUUCAUUCACCAACUUGUACAAAGGACUCGGAUGAUGAUCUACUUCCGCCUGUUCUUGAUGCUUUGAAUGAGAUAGUUUUUCACCCACAGUUUCUGGCUUCUCGGGUUGAGAAAGAAAGAAAAGCGAUAUUAUCAGAACUACAGAUGAUGAAUACAAUAGAAUACCGUGUUGAUUGCCAGUUGCUACAACAUUUGCAUUCUGAAAACAAGCUGAGCAAGAGAUUUCCUAUUGGGUUGGAAGAGCAAAUUAAGAAGUGGGAUGCCGAUAAGAUAAGGAAAUUCCAUGAGCGUUGGUACUUUCCAGCAAAUGCUACCUUAUUCAUUGUGGGGGACAUUGACCACAUUUCUAAGACAGUUUACCAAAUUGAAGCUGCUUUUGGGCAAACUGGCCCAGGAAAUCAGACAGUCACAACAUCUACACCUAGUGCAUUUGGUGGAAUUGCUAGUUUCCUUGUUCCUAAGCUUCCAGCAGGACUGGCUGGCAAUUUUUCCCAAGACAAAUCAGUUGGUUCUAUUGAGCAGUCAAAGAUUUUACAAAAGGAAAGGCACGCAGAUCGCCCUCCUGUUGAGCAUAAUUGGUCCAUCCCUUGGAGUAAUGAGAAUGUAAAGCCUCCCCAGAUAUUUCAGCAUGAGUUGCUUCAGAACUUCUCCAUUAAUAUGUUCUGCAAGAUUCCCGUUAAUAAGGUCCAAACGUAUGGCGACUUGCGUAAUUUUCUGAUGAAGAGGAUAUUUCUUUCUGCUCUUCAUUUCCGGAUAAAUACCAGAUACAAGAGUUCCAAUCCACCAUUCACCUCAAUCGAAUUGGAUCAUAGUGAUUCGGGAAGGGAAGGCUGCACUGUAACUACUCUUACAGUGAAUGCUGACCCGAAGAAUUGGCAAAGUGCAAUAAAAGUUGCUGUUAAAGAGGUUCGAAGGCUUAAAGAGUUUGGUGUCACAAAAGGUGAAUUAGCUCGUUAUAUGGACGCCCUUUUAAAAGAUAGUGAACAGUUGGCGGCAAUGAUUGAUAAUGUGUCAUCUGUGGAUAAUUUGGAGUUCAUCAUGGAGAGUGAUGCGCUUGGCCAUACAGUGAUGGAUCACAGACAAGGACAUGAGAGUUUGGUUGCUGUUAGUGGAACAGUUACUCUGGAAGAAGUUAAUUCUGUUGGUGCCAAGGUGUUAGAAUUUGUGGCCGAUUUUGGAAAGCCAUCUGCACCACAUCCUGCAGCUAUUGUUGCAUGUGUUCCAAAGAGAAUUCAUGUUGAUGGAAUAGGAGAAGCUGAGUUUGAGAUAACGCCAAGUGAAAUAACAGCUGCUAUUAGAUCAGGGUUAGAGGAACCCAUAGAGCCAGAGCCAGAGCUACAGGUGCCUAAAGAAUUAAUAACUUCCCCACAGCUGCAGGAACUACGGUUGCAACAUAGGCCAUCUUUCAUUCCUAUAGCUCCAGAAAAUGGCACUAAAAUUUAUGAUACGGAAACAGGUAUCAUUCAGCGGCGUCUAUCGAACGGAAUUGGUGUGAAUUACAAGGUGUCAAGAAGCGAGACCAAGGGAGGUGUAAUGCGACUUAUAGUUGGUGGUGGCCGAGCAGCUGAAAUGCCUAAUUCAAAGGGUGCUGUUGUUUUGGGAGUUCGAACUCUAAGUGAGGGUGGUCGUGUUGGCAACUUUUCAAGGGAACAGGUAGAGCUUUUUUGUGUGAAUCACCUUAUAAAUUGCUCGCUGGAGUCUACUGAAGAAUUUAUUUGCAUGGAGUUCCGUUUUACUUUAAGAGACGAUGGGAUGCGUGCAGCUUUCCAGCUUCUUCAUAUGGUUCUUGAGCAUAGUGUAUGGCUUGAAGAUGCAUUUGAUCGUGCGAGACAGUUAUAUUUGUCGUAUUAUCGCUCCAUUCCCAAAAGCUUAGAGCGGUCAAUCGCUCACAAGCUUCUUAUAGCAAUGUUGAAUGGAGAUGAGCGUUUUGUAGAGCCUACACCAAAAUCGUUGGAGAACUUAACAUUGGAAUCUGUAAGAGGUGCAGUGAUGAAUCAAUUUGUCACUAAUAAUAUGGAGGUAAGCAUUGUCGGGGACUUCUCAGAGGAGGAUAUAGAGACCUGUAUACUUGAUUACCUGGGCACAGUUAGUGCAACAGGAGAUUUGAAGAUGACUAAUGAAUAUAGCCCAAUCACAUAUCGACCAUAUCCACAUGAUCUGCAGUUUCAACAAGUUUUCUUGAAGGACACUGAAGAGAGAGCAUGUGCAUUAAUUGCAGGCCCAGCUCCAAACCGCUGGGGCUUAACUUCCGAAGGCAUUGACCUUUUCGAAUCCCUUGGGAAUAUGUCAGCUGACAAUGAUGACCAAUCAAAAUCUGAGGCACAAAACAAACCGCAAGGAAGAUUUCGCAGUCAUCCACUCUUCUUUGCCAUUACAUUGGGCUUGUUGGCUGAAAUAAUAAAUUCAAGGCUUUUCACAACAGUGAGGGAUUCUCUUGGUUUAACAUAUGAUGUAUCAUUUGAAUUGAACCUGUUUGAUCGGCUGAAGCUUGGGUGGUAUGUCAUCUCAGUAACAUCAACACCAGGGAAGGUGUAUAAAGCUGUUGAUGCUUGCAAGAAUGUCCUCAGAGGUUUGCAUAGCAACAAGAUUGACCCAACAGAAUUGGACCGGGCAAAACGGACCCUGUUAAUGAGACAUGAGGCUGAAAGCAAGUCAAACGCAUAUUGGCUAGGAUUGUUGGCUCACUUGCAAGCUGCUUCUGUCCCAAGGAAGGACAUAACAUGCAUUAAAGAUCUUAAUUCGCUGUAUGAAGCUGCCACAGUCGGAGACCUAUACCUUGCCUAUGAUCAGUUGAAGAUUGAUGAAAGUUCCUUGUAUUCUUGCAUUGGUGUAGCUGGGGCUCAGGCUGGAGAAGAAAUUGCCGUGGAGGAAGAAUCAAUUGAAGGCCUUCACAGUGUUCUUCCUUUGGGGGGGCGUGGUUUAUCGACAAUGACACGGCCAACGACGUAAAUAUAUUGGUUCCAUUUUCAGAUUGGAGCUGAAAGAGACAUUGACCGGUAUGACAGGUGCAGUGCUAUUGUUCACAGAGGUUCCCUGCCGGUGGGCAAUAGAAAAUUAGAUGGGUUAUUAUACACUAAGCAUCCCUUGUUGCAUUGGUGAUGCUUUGAUGGGCUUGCAGCACUCGAAAUGGUUGUUGGGCGCGCUAUGGCAAUGCUAUUAUGCCAUAACAAUCAGUCAUCAAUGGAAGGCUACCAUAACUGCCCCUUCGCAAAGGUUGUUAUUGGAAAGAGCGAGCUCAGUUGCCUGUCAGUCUCUAAUAUUUUACGUACCCUUUCAGUCUGUGAUGUUUUACUUCAUUAUGUCCAGACUACCCAUUCUUUUUCCGUGUCUGUGUUUAUUAAUUUCUUGUUGUCUAAGGGUAAAUUAGUGAAGAGGCCUGUGUUAUUAUUUAUAGCUGAUGUUUGAUGGCGUUAUGUAUACCUGUACAAUGGUUUAUUUUUCAAAAUAAAGGGUAGUUGGGUCGUUCUAAA